CUUUGUCAAAUAGACUUUCGAAUCAUACAUCUUCAUUCUUUUAAUCCACCCCUCUUGGCAGAUAUUAACAAAUCGAAUACAAAAACUAAACCAAACAUGGGGCUGAACACGGAUAUCGACUUUGUUGCCGCCGCGGCUCCAGUGAUAAGCGCCAUGGUGGGGGCCCAAAAGCCAGCAUUACACGACAUCGAGAGUCGUAGGAAAUGGUUUUCUGGUUUACCAAUUGGACCGACUGCUAAAGGUUUGGUGUUGGAAAAGCAUACCAUUCCAGCGUCAGAUGGUUAUGAGCUCUUGAUAUACCACUACAAGAAAGAGGUCACUAUUGAUCAAGCAUCUCCUGCGCCGGUAAUCUUUCACAUCCAUGGAGGUGGCCUCAUCUCAUCGAGUGCUGCUAAUUCCAUUCCCAUGAUCUCUGAAUGUGUCCUCGCCACUGGGGUACAGGUGUUCUCUGUUGAUUACCGGCUUGCGCCAGAACACCCAUAUCCGACACCUCUCGAGGAUUGCUGGUCCGGCUUGAGAUGGGUUUUGUCAAAGGCAGCCGACUUUGGCCUCGACACUGCCUCUAUUGCCGUCAUGGGUGAAAGUGCCGGUGGGAAUCUUGCAGCCGCAGUAGCGCUGUUAGCGCGAGAUCGAGGAUUGUCUCCGCCGCUGGCAAAGCAAAUCUUAAUCUACCCUAUGUUGGAUGACCGAAAUUCAUCCAAGGGCAUCGGACCUGUGUGUAUUUGGAAUGAAGUCGACAACGUCACGGGUUGGACAGCAUAUCUAGGGCACGAACCUGGGCGAUCUGGAGUGCCAAUGUUCGCAGCACCCGCUCGUGCGGAAAAUGUUGAGGGUUUACCUCCCCUUUACCUGGAUGUCGGACAGCUUGAUCUGUAUAUGCUCGAGGACCUGGAAUAUGCUACAAGGUUUGUGAAUGCUGGUAUCGAGACGGAACUGCAUGUCUACCCAGGUUUACCACACGGAUUUGACUUCCUUGCACCUGGCCAUCCCAUCACCAAAAUGGCGAAGGAGAAUAGAUAUAGGACUAUUCGAAAGCUCUACCGCGAUUCUCAAGUCCAGAGCGAGGCUAUCGAAUCCUGAUUUGGAAACACUUAGCCCAGUAUAUACUCGUAACAUGAAUCAACCUCGACG